AUGAUUCAAGAUUGGUGUGUGGAAAACAAAAAUUAUGGCAUUGAAAGAGUUCCAACUCCUAGAAUUCCAAUCGAUUCGUCUCAAGUAACGGAGAUUUGCUCGAGGCUAAUGAUUGAAGCUCAACGAGGAAACGAGAAGAAAUGUAGGGAGUUAGUGGGACGAGUCAGGAUUUUAGCUAAGGAGAGUGAGAGAAACAAGAAAUGCAUAGUGGAAUGUGGGGUAGGUUAUGUUUUUGCAACAUGUUUCGAGAUUUUCUCUAUGGGAAUUCAGGAGGAACUCUUGAAGGACUUGCUAUCUGGGAUGACGUGGAUGUUUCCUAUUGGACAAGAGGGGAUAUUGAAACUCGUGUCAUCGACGUCUUUACGUUGCAUGGCACGGUUCUUGAGAGGUGAAGAUUUAUCAGCAAGACAAAAUGCAGUUAUAGUGAUGAAAGAAUUGCUCUAUUAUGACCAAAGUUGCACAAAUGUCUUAAUAGAUAUCGAAGAUUUGGUUGAAUCUUUGUAUCAAAUGGUGAAAGUACCGAUUUGCCCCUCCACGACGAAAGCGUCGUUAACGGUAAUUUACUCUAUUAUCUCAUAUACAUCAAGUGAAAAUAACAAGAAAAUUGUGUCCAAAUUUGUAAACAUGGGGUUAGUUUGUUUGGUUCUUGAAAUGCUUGUGGAUUGUGAAAAGAGUAUAAUAGAGAAGGGAUUGGCUAUUUUGGACAUAUUUUGCAAUUUUGAAGAAGGGAAACAAAAGGCUUAUGAACAUGGAUUGACUAUGGCAAUAAUAGCCAAAAAAAUAAUGAGAGUUACAGAAAUGGCCACAGAAUGUUCAAUUUCAAUUUUAUGGAAACUUUGCAAAAGUGGAAGUAAUGAGAAUAAUUCAGUAAUUGAGGCAUUGGAAUUAGGUGUAUUUCAGAAAUUAUUGGUGGUUUUACAAGUGGGAUGUGGUGAAAAAACCAAGGAAAAAGCUACUGAAUUGUUGAAAUUGAUGAAUCUUUACAAAGAUAGAGUGGAUUGCUUUGAUGGAUCAACUUUCAAGUAUCUCAAGAAGUCAUAUUGA